UUACGCACUGCUUCUUCUUCUUCUUCUUCUUUUCUUCUUCUUAAUGUUCAUUUCUCUCUCCUUAUCCCCUCAUCACCACCACCAUCGAUCAUCCCCUUUUUCUAGAUCUUUUGGGUUUUACUUUUAUUAUUAUUAUUUACAAAUUAAAUCUCUAGCCAAGGGGCUAGCUAAGUUAGAGAUUGCACGGAGAGAGCAAAAAGAAAAAAAGCAAUAAUAUUAGUAUAAUCUGAACGACGACCCACACUGAGAUUGUGUGCAGGUAGCCAAUGUCAGAAGAUAUGAAUCUGUCCAUAAACGGUCAGUCGCAGGUCCCUCCAGGCUUCCGCUUUCAUCCAACUGAAGAGGAGCUCCUUCACUACUACCUUAAAAAGAAAGUGGCUUUUGAGAAAAUCGAUCUUGAUGUUAUCCGCGAGGUUGAUCUUAACAAGCUUGAACCAUGGGAUAUCCAAGAGAAAUGUAAGAUAGGAUCGACGCCGCAGAAUGACUGGUACUUCUUCAGUCACAAAGACAAGAAAUACCCAACAGGAACUCGAACAAACCGUGCAACAGCUGCUGGAUUCUGGAAGGCCACGGGCAGGGAUAAGAUCAUUUACAGCGGCUUCCGAAGGAUCGGAUUGCGGAAGACUCUGGUUUUCUAUAAAGGACGAGCUCCCCAUGGCCAAAAGUCCGACUGGAUCAUGCAUGAAUACAGGCUCGACGAAACCACCACUGAUACCGCCACCGUCACUAACCCAUCCAUGGUGGGCAUAGGAGGGGAGUCGACGGGUGAGGAUGGGUGGGUAGUUUGCCGGGUAUUCAAGAAGAAGAACUAUCAGAAAACGCUUGACAGUCCCAAAUUAGCAGCAGCCUCCUCCGUCUCCACCUCCGGGGACCAGUAUUCAACUAUUCCCCAUCAAAUGCAUCAUGCAGCUUCAAGGAACGAUGAGGUUCUGGAUCAGAUACUUUCAUACAUGGGGAGGACUUGCAAGCUUGAAAAUCAUGAUUCUUUGAUUACCAAUAUCAAUAUCUCUGCUGAAAGAUUUCUAUCAAACAACAGUACCACCAAUACCACCACCACCACCAUGGUGGGCGGCGGCGGUGGCUGCGCUGCUGACAGGUUCAUGCAUCUCCCAAGGCUGGACAGCCCAUCAAUGGUUUCUCCUUUUGAUCAUGAUCAGGAUCCGCAUCCGGAUCAGGAUCAGGACCACCCUGGUUGUUUCAGAUCGUCCUACCAAUCAUCCAUGGAGCAUGAGAUGCUUAUCGAAGAAACCACUGAACCCUCCUCCUCCACCGACCAAUUAGCUGCAAGGGGAUGUUAUAAUUCUACUACUGGUCAUGGAGUCCCGAUUGAUGAUAACCCAAAGCCCAAGCUCAAUGACUGGGUUGCCCUCGAUCGCCUUGUGGCCUCCCAGCUCAAUGGCCAUGAACAAUCCUCCAAGCACCUAUCUUGCUUCGGCGAUCCCAACAUGUCUUUUUGUUCUCUUCCCCAUGACCAUCAUGACGUACAAAUAUCAUUUCCAUAUCUACGUUCAACCAGUAGUAUUGGUAGUAGACCCAAUGAUAACAACCAAAACUCACAGGUCUACAGCACCGAAAACGAAGUACUGUGGAGUUUCACCAAAUCAUCCCCAUCGCCCUCAUCAUCUGACCCAUUAUGCCACUUGUCGGUAUAAUGGAAGCAAGCUGAAACAGUCGAUCGUCAGUUUGUGAUGGAUGAAACUAUAUAUUAUGUUACAAUACCACACAUUUUUAACUUCUUGUAGCAUUAUGUAUAAUUGUUACAUUUACUGGUAUAGGGUAUAUAUAUACAUAUAUAUACACAGAUAAUAUACUCUGUACCUACGUGGAAUGAUCACCUAUAUAUAAAUUAAUAAAAAUGUGAUGGAAAUUUAAU